CGCCGGCUGGUGCGCUCGCGCCGGGGCGCUGGCCGUUGGGGUCGUUGGGCAGCGCGGGGCGAGUCGGGAAGCUGGUCCGCGGCGUGCGCUGCGGGCCGCCCCGCUGCGGCAGCGGCGGCGGGUGGCUGUGGUCGGGCGGCGCGGCGGAACUUGGGCGGCGGCGGCGGGUCCCGCCAGAGGGCGGCUCUGGCUGAGUGCGGAGGGGCCGGCGGAGAGCCCGGGGCAGCGGCUGAGGCGGGCCGGCGGCGGCGGGGGCCGCUGCCCCUGGAAGAGCCGGCCGAGAUGCUGGCGGAAAACCUGGUGGAGGAGUUUGAGAUGAAAGAGGACGAGCCGUGGUACGACCACCAGGACCUCCAGCAAGAUCUCCAACUUGCUGCUGAGCUUGGGAAGACAUUACUGGAUCGGAACACAGAGCUGGAGGAUUCUCUUCAGCAGAUGUACACAACCAAUCAGGAGCAGUUACAGGAAAUUGAGUAUCUGACCAAGCAGGUGGAGCUUCUGCGGCAGAUGAAUGAACAGCACGCAAAGGUUUAUGAGCAAUUAGAUGUCACAGCAAGGGAACUGGAAGAAACAAAUCAAAAGCUCGUUGCUGACAGCAAGGCCUCACAGCAGAAGAUUCUGAGUCUGACUGAAACAAUUGAAUGCCUACAAACCAACAUUGAUCACCUCCAGAGCCAAGUGGAGGAGCUGAAGUCAUCUGGCCAAGGGAGAAGGAGCCAGGGGAAGCAUGACCGGGAGAAAUCGGCACCCAGCUUCUCGUCUCUGAAAGAGCUGUAUGACCUCCGCCAGCACUUCGUGUACGAUCAUGUGUUUGCCGAGAAGAUCACUUCCUUACAAAGUCAGCAAAGCCCUGAUGAAGAAGAAAACGAGCACUUGAAGAAAACAGUGACAAUGUUGCAGGCGCAGCUGAGCCUGGAGCGGCAGAAGCGGGCAGCCGUGGAGGAGGAGUGUGGGCUGGUGCUGAAGGAGAACAGCGAGCUGGAGCGGCAGCUGGGGGCCGCGGACGCCUGCCGAGCCCGCGCGCUGGAGCUGGAGGCCGAGGUGGCGGGCAUGCGGCAGAUGUUGCAGUCGGAGCAUCCUUUUGUGAAUGGGGUUGAGAAGCUGGUGCCGGACUCUCUGUUUGUCCCUGUCAAGGAGCCCAGCCAGAGCCUGCUGGACGAGAUGCUCCUGACCGUGCCCGAAGCGCACAGAAAGCCUCUCAAGCGCAGCAGCAGUGAGACGGUGCUGAGCAGCCUGGUGGGCGGCGACAUUGUGAAGGGCCACGAGGAGACCUGCAUCCGGAGGGCCAAGGCCGUGAAGCAGAGGGGCGUCUCCCUCCUGCACGAGGUGGACACGCAGUACAGUGCCCUCAAGGUGAAGUACGAGGAGCUGCUGAAGAAGUGCCAGCAGGAGGAGGACUCCCUGUCCCACAAGGCUGUGCAGACCUCCAGGGCCAAGGACCCGGCUGCAGUGAGCGCCCAGCCUGAGCCUGGCAGCCUUGGCUGGGAACCGGCCUCUGUCACCCCAGAGCCCAUCAGUUCCCCCACCACCUCGACGCCACCAGAAUACAAAGUGCUUUUUAAGGAGAUCUUUAGCUGCAUCAAGAAAACUAAACAGGAAAUAGACGAACAGAGAACAAAAUACCGAUCUCUCUCUUCUCAUUCCUAAGUGAACCGCCAGCUCCACUACUAAUUGGCCUGUUUCCUAUCACCUCUCUCUCCCACUCACACAAGUGUGUGUAGACCCCAAAGCCUGAUACUGCUCCUGACGUUUGCCUCAUUGCUUUGCUUAUUUAGCAAAUGCAUACAGCGAGGGAGGAAGGUGGCUACCGGUGGCAGUUGUAUAAUCGAGUUCCAUUUAAGCUCCUCAGUAAAUCCCAUGACAAACUGGCCUCUGGCUGGCAUGAUAAUUAGGUUGUGAUUCCUUGAAAAACCCCAGAACCAGUGGAGGGAAAAUAUGUGCUCCUGGAGAAGUAGGCCUGGAGUAACUGUAGUAUAUAGUGUGUGUGUGUGUGUGUAUGUAUAUA